AUGGACAUUGAGGGUCCUAUGAGUAUGGAAAUCCCUAACAACAAUGCUUUGGAUCCUAGAAAUUUGGAUAAGGAUUUAAACUUGGCCAAACAGGUGAUGCAUUCUAUCCCUCUAAUGGACCUGGUUAAGGAUACUGACAACUCCAUUGUUGUUGGCGAGCGCAAAGAGACUAUGGAAACUACUGAUGACUUGGCUAUUGAGAACCCCCAGGAGGCCCCUACUCUACAACAGAUGGGAAAAUUGAGCACAGAUGACGAGGAGCUGGGACGAGGAUAUGCUGUUACUUUAGUUUCCAUGGAUUUAAUGGAAUUCUCCGGACCGCCACAAAAUUUAGGAGGAAAACAGAAGUUAACCAAAGACCAAAAAGAGGAACACGAUGAAUUUAUUGAAGUAUUGAAAGAUUUCAAGGCACAAAGAAUUGAUAUGACUGGUGUUAUUGCCCGUGUGAAAGAAAUAUUUAAAGGGCAUCCCAAUCUUACUUUGGGUUUUAACACCAUUCUUCCUAAACGUUUGGAAAUUGAGUUUGACCGAGCCAUUAAUUAUGUCAAUAAGAUCAAGACUCGAUUUCAAUAUGACGAACAAGUAUACAAAACUUUUCUGGAAAUUUUGAAUAUGUAUCGGAAGGGAAACAAGACAACGAGUGAAGUGUGUCAAGAGGUGGCUUCAUUGUUCAAGGACCAUCAAGAUUUGCUUGAGGAAUUUAAUUAUUUCGUACAUACUCCAUCUUGUGCAACACAGGCAGCUUUUCCUGCUCUGGAAGGGAUGAGAGAAGUCCUAGAGUAA